AUGCAAGUGCAACAAAUCCGCACUUUACUGAGCAAAGUUUUACCCAACCAACUUGUCCAGCAAAUGAAGGAGCCGUACUCCGAAACGGAACCAAUCCACCGCCUCUGGGCGGAGAUUGAGAAGAAGUUUGGGGUGACUAACGUGACCACUAUGAAGACUGCUACGCGAAAGCUAAUGCGCGUGGCCGAUGGCGAUUUCCAGAGUGUCGAGGCUCUGCUUGGCGGGCUACGGGCGUUGAAGUACUCAAUCAACUCGCACUCUCAAAAGUACCUGAAGCGGGAUGUUGUGAGUGAUGAUCUCUUGAUCCUCAUGGUGCUGGGUGUGUUGCCUUCUGACCGCUUUUGGGGCGCAAAUCGUCCUGCACACGGCGUCGUAUCGGAUUGUCGGUGUCGAGGCUAG